AAGGGUGAAACAUCUGAAAAAGAGCGAUGUUUGGCACGUGUGCGGGAAUUGUACGAGGCUGGCGUGACUCUUGAAGUAUUUGCCAUUGGUGAAGGCCCCAACAUUGGUGCGGGGGAAAUGAGCAUGGGGAGAGGAGAAGCAAUUUUUGACGCGUUGGACAGAGCAACGCGUGCGGCUGACACACAGCUGCAGAGUGGUGUAAAGCAACGUGAAGAUACGGUGCGCUUCACAGACUGCGUGGACGCGGAGCGUCAUUUUAAGCACGAGGGGUUUUGGGACCAGCUAGACCGCGGGGUGCGGUUUGCUCAGGGGAUGAUUGAGCACGAGCGUCUUGGCGCUGUGCAUGUGACAGGCGGGGUGGAAGUGUUCGAUCACUUACUUAACGCCGUGCGGCGUCGGACGCACCCGCAGCGACCGUUUCAAAAUUAUGCGCUCACUAUUGGCAUAAGUGUGGGCGGGUCACCGGUACCCACGAUGGCGGUGAGCGUGUAUCACCCGCUGCUGCCUGCGACCCUGCCGCAAGCGGAAUGGCUGGACCACCGCACAAAUGCCAUUGUGCCGCGGCGAGCACAACUCGUCGUGAAGAGACCGCCCUCCUCGUUUGAUCCCCAUCGACUGAACGAGCAGGAAACGACGAAUGACGCGAAGAAAGCAGAGGAUUCAAGGGUAAUUGGCACUCCGAGGCCAAAUAAGGAGGGGGAGGAAGAAACCUUGGAGACGGUUGUGAAUCCUGACCACCUGCUGUACUCUACCAUCGUGGGCGGGAGGCGCCUUUUCUUCAGUGCGCAAGAAAGACAACAUAUUUUCCUCACGGCGACGGCUGGUGCCCCUGUUGGAUUUUCCAUUCUGUGUUUUAAGCACAAGGAGGACAUUCUGCAGCACAAACAUGUCAUCUGCAAAUCGAGUUUUCUCCGUCCGAAUCCUUACGACGGUGGAGAGGCCUCUCUCCGUCUUUUUGUUCAACUGACUCGGACACUUGUGCGACAAAAUAAAGUGGCGGUCGCGCAGUACGUGGCCCGGCGCGGAGCAGCGCCUCGGCUCGUUGCGCUGGCACCAUCAUCUCCAGCCGUGCCCGUUCCAACAUGCAGUCUCCCUGCGAAUGGACUAGGCCUAUAUGUCGUGCCGUUACCGUACUCUGAGGACAUCCGUGAUGUGCCUUCCUUGCCAUGUUUUAACCCCGCAACGAUUCCAUCGCAGGAGGAUGUGGAUUUAGCGGCAGGCAUUGUCUCUUGCCUUUCCGUGUCGUACGACAUCAACGCGGUGCCAAAUCCAUCGCUGAAACUUCGGUACCAGGCCCUCAAGGAGAUGGCAUUGCGGCAAGCGACAGAAUCCAGGGUAAUGAUGCCGGAGAAGAGCGGGAAUAAACCAGGAACGAUGGCGGACAUGUCACUGCCCGACAGUGAGGGGAUGGCGCAAUACGCACCAAUUUUUCACGACUUUAAUGCCAAACUGCUUGGCCCAUCGUACGACGCGGAUCGACUCUGCCCACAACCCAAAAGAAGUGAAUUUGCUGGUGAAAAGUCACUCCGCACGGGAAGUGGAGGCCAUCGAGAGGGCGACGAUGGCGUUGACAACGCGGCUAUUCAUCUUGUGGAAACGGCGUUUGAGCAAAACGCCCUGUCAACACUCACAGUGAUGCAGUUGAAGGCAUAUUUAAGCGCACUGGGCGAAAGCACUGCUGGAGCGCGGCGAAAGGAUGAGGUGAUUGAAGUUGUCACGCAUGUGUUGCUAAGGCAACGGGGAGAAAGAGCGUAG